AAAUAGUUUGCUGCUGUUGUUGUGUAUCAAUUUCACAAUAGGAUUUUAAACCUCAUUUUAAGAGCUAGAUCCUGAGUAGUCACGGGGAAUGUUGUUAUUGUACUGUAUGCACUGUCUCACCUUUAAAAUGAUCCUUAGUUGCAAAGAAUUCAAAUGUUCUACUUUAAAUUUUAAAAGUGCUAUGAAUUAUAGAUCCGAGGAAAAAUGAAAUCUGUUUUGUUGGCCAGAAUUAAAGUCUUACUUUGAAAAUGUCUCGUCUUGAAGCUAAAAAGCCUUCGUUAUUUAUUACUGACCCUUUAACUAAAGAUGGAGUUAGUCGGUCACUGUCCCUGCUGAGUGGAAUAUUAAAAUCUUGCUAUGGUCCUGCUGGUCGGCUCAAACAGCUCCACAAUGGUAUGGGAGGCUAUGUUUGUACAACUUCACAAUCUUCAGCUAUGCUCAGUCGUCUUCCUGUCAGUCAUCCUGUGUUAGGUGUUUUGAUGGCCUCUGUACAGAACCAUAUAUCCCGCUUCAGUGACUGCGGGUUAUUUACUGCCAUUCUCUGCUGUAGUUUGAUUGAGAACUUUAAAAGCCUAAACGUUGCAUCUUGCACUGUCAUUAAAAUAAGCAAGCAUCUUUUGAGUCUGUGUAUGGACUACCUCAAAUCUGAGGCCUGUGGUUGCAGAGUGGCUGUGGAUUUUAGCAGUGUUGAGACUCUUCUUUGUUUGGUACGUAGCAUAUUAAGAAGCAAACCUGCUUGCAUGCUUAAUAAAACAGAGGUUGAUCAUCUCACCACACUGAUUUUAAAGGCUUUUCUAUUUACUGUUCCAUGUCAUGCUGAGAGUAAUGCUGUUUUAGGAAAGUGUGUAAUAGUACCCAUGAAAGGUAGAAGAGUUAUGGAUUCUGCAGUUCUUCCUGGACUACUGAUAGAAGCCCCAGAAAUCCAAUUGGCAAAACCACUUACUGUCAAAAGAGCUUGUUCAAACAUGAUCAAGAUAGCACUUUUCUGUGUAUCCAUGUCAGGAGACAGCUUCAACCCUGAAGAAGGAACUAUAACUGUCCAUCACGGAAUUUCUCUAGAAAUGUCAGAGCUGAAUCAAUUGCUUAACGUAGGCAAGCAGCUGGUUAAUGAUGAGGUUGGCCUUGUAGUGUGCCAGAAAGUUAUCCACCCCUCCUUGAAGCAGUAUCUGAAAGAGAACAGUGUCAUCGCUUUGGACAGAGCUGGGCUGGCUCUCAUGGAACCCCUGAGUCGGAUGACAGGUUCAAAGCCAAUAGGUUCCAUACACAACUUGUCUCCUGGUUGUUAUGGCAGUUUGAAAGACAUGUGCAUUGAGAGUUUUGCUUCCAGAAACUUUGUGCAUCUAAUUCCUAAUGACACAGUUGUCUGCAGCUUGAUACUCUGUAACAGAAGUGAAACAGCAUGGGAUGAAUUGAAGCGUGCUUGUGAAACUGCAGAACAUGUGUUACAGUUAACACUGAAGGAACCUUUGGCGUUAUUAGGAGGUGGCUGUACAGAAACUCACCUGGCUUCCUAUAUAAGACAUAAGAGUUUCAGUCUGUCCACCAGCAGUUUUGAAGAUAUAGGUUGUUCUCAAACACAAUACCAACUGGUUGCUGAUGGGUUUUGCCGUUCCCUGGAAUCUGUAGCUCGCUCUCUGAAUCACAAUGAGGGAGAAAUUCUUACAGACAUGGUUUAUGGACACUGUUGGUUUGUUCCACCAGGUUUUCCACCUGUCUCUAGUUGGUCAGACUUGGUUUCAAAAUGCGGCUGUGGGAUUAAUGGUAAUGGUGAGAAUCUCAAAUGGAGGCCUUUGCAGAGCCAGUUUGGCUUCGCUGUUAUACAGUACUGCCCUAAAGAGCCCCCAGCAAAGGCUGCUGACUUUCUGACGUUGGACUGUUAUGCUGCAAAGUGCAGUGGCCUGCAAGUAGCUCUGGAGACAGCCAAUCUGAUUUUGGAUCUCUUGUACGUCAUCAAAGAUCAAAAUUAGCUCUGAUCUUACGUGAAUUGUAUUGCACAGCAAGAUACUUAAAUGAAAGCAGGUAAUAUAUGAUGUGUUAACAUACUUUAAAUGGUUAGAGUGGACAACAGACAGAAAAUGUAAA